AUAAAAAAAAGUGUUUCCUCAAAAAUAAAAUUUCUAUAAUUACAAAGUUCCAUAGUCAUAUUAUAGAUGUACAGUCAUGUGUUCAUCUCCGGCGCCGCCGUUCCUACCCGACGUUCUGAUCGCGGAAAUCUUAUCCUUUCUUGAUGUGAAAUCUAUUAUGCGAUUGAGAUGUGUCUGUAAGUUUUGGAACACUCUCAUUUUCGAUUCCACCUUUGUGAAUUUGCAUCUCAACAAAUCAGCAAAACAAAAUCCUCACUUCUUACUCAUCACCAGUCACAGUAUAACGGUCACAACUGAGUUUCAGAAUGGUAGUUAUUCCUUUACUGAGUGUGAGCAAGGUAUCAUUCCCUACUCCGUAAGCAGCUUGCUCGAGAAUCCGUCGUUCGCCCUUUCUGUCGACUCUCAUCACUUGGUGCAAGACAAAGGAUGCUCUUAUAUAGUUGGUUCCUGCAAUGGAUUGGUCUGUUUUGCUGGUGAAACUGUCACUAUGGAGUAUUAUGAGUUCUGGUUCCGGUUAUGGAACCCAGCCACCAGGACAACAUCUCCAAGAUUAGGGUUCUUCCGCUUAUUUCGCUAUGGUCCGGACUGCACUUCCUCGGCUGACGACGGCUAUUACAAAUUCAACUUUGGCUAUGACAAUUCUACCGGCACUUAUAAGACAGUUGCUUCGCGUUACAAUAGACGCCAACUGAGAAGCAAUGUCAGAGUUUUAAGUUUUGGCGAUCAUGUUUGGAGAGAUAUUCAAAGUUUCCCUGUUGAUCCUAUGUAUUUGGACUACUCAGCUUAUGAAACUUGUGGUAAUGUUGGUGUGUAUUUCAAAAGCACUAUUAACUGGUUGGCUAUUCAAAAUCAUUUUACGUAUGAUUCUUACAAUAUUAAGGAUAUUAGUGUUGAACAAUUUGUUAUUGUUUCGCUUGAUUUGAGGACUGAGGCAUACAAUAAGUACUUAUUGCCUUGUGAAUUUGAUGAAGUUCCACCUGUAGCUCCAACUAUUGGUGUGUUGGGAGACUGUCUUUGUUUUUCUUAUUGUUAUAAGGAAACCGAUUUUAUUAUAUGGCAAAUGAACAAAUUCGGGGUUCAAGAUUCUUGGACCCAAUUUCUUAAAAUUAGUUAUCACAAUCUUCAAAUUGAUUAUGACUAUAGUGACGAAGAUAUGAAGUAUAAUUUUGAAUUGGUGCCGCUGUUUCUUUCUAAGGAUGGUGAUACAUUGGUACUUGAAAGUAGUCAAGAACACCCAGAAAUUCUCUAUAAUUGGAGGAAUGGUAGAGUAGAGCGAACAAAAAUUACUGCAACUACAACAAUUACCGAUGAUAGAGCUGUCCAUCUUGUCUCUUGCACGGCCCUUGACUAUUUUGAAAGCUUAGUUUCAGUCUUUUGAAAUACUUUGACAGGAAAAAGCCAUAAUAGUUGCCAUGCAAUGAAGAUCUUGAACGUGCUUGAAUGGAAGAGAUUGUGAAGAAAUGAUACAAUUAUGAUUUGGAUCAGAGCAAAGAUAUCAGUAGGAGUGAUUGGAGCAAAGAAAAUUUGAGCGAAGAUCAAGUUGGUUAUAUAUGGUUGUGUUGAUGCUUACUGUGCUUUUCUGAUGAAAGCUUGGGAGUUAAAAAACGAAAUCGUUUAAUCAAAUCCUGUAUUGCUGAUGAGUGCUGUUGCUUACUUGUUUUACAAGUUUACUCUUGUUUUUUUUUUCUUUAUCAAUGAUGAUGUGAUACUUUUCAUAUUACCUGGUUGGGUAUUCAAAAUAAACUUUGUAGAUGUCGAUAUCAAUAAAUACUAAUUUUCCAACUUUUUUUUUUCUAUUUACUUUGCGUUGUUCUAUUCAUUUAGUAUGAAGCAGAAGUCCAAUAGAUUAUCCAUCUAAAAUAGCAUUAAUAAAUAAAGUAAUUUCCAUAUAAAACAGACAUAUGCAUAUCUAUGAUAUAUUGUUCAGUUAGCUGUUUUCUGUUAUGAUAGUUGAUUGGUUAUAACUAGUUAGUUACAUUUCAUUCCAAACGUAUAUUCAUCUCUCUCCCUUUAUACUCCAUAGAUUCUUGGUAAUUUUCACUUAACAUAGUUCAAGAGUAUCUUUAAUGGAGGAAGCUCAGAAUUUGACUGAACCACCAAAAAAGGAUGCAGUGUCGGAGCAGCAAGCAGCAGAGACGGGAGACCGGUAAUGUAAUUCUUUCUUUUUAAAAGUACUGAUCAUAUUCUUUUCCCUUUUUCCCCUUACUAAUUUCUACCUGUGGUAUUAUAGCAGAAAAAUCAUCUGGAGAAAGAUACAGUCGCUUCUUAAAUUUGAAAACUGGCCUGAUUCGGAAAGUCAAAGUUUAUUCUUCUUGCUCCACUGCUGAUUAGAAAGAUGAUGUAGCAGUGAACGGGGGAGGGGAAAAAACGGAGAACCAGUCACCAAAGAUGAUCAGUUCCACUACUGAUCAGAAUGAUGAUGAGGAAACAAAGCUUAUGAGUUCCAAUAAAGAACCUUUUCAAACUGAAACUUCUUCCAAGAAAGGAAAACAAGUCGCUGGUGAUGUAUCAAUGAAUGAUUCUUCAACAAUGCUAUUGCCAUUGCCAUUGGAUUCAAAGAAGACAAAAGAUGGACCUGAAACUAAAACAACUUCUGCAGAAACUCCAACCAGGAUAAGAACAGGACAGUCUCCUGGUUCUGGAACAAAGAAGAGAAAUGACAGACAAUCACAAACAACUUCUGAAGAAACUUCUUCAGAGAAAAGUAUUUGAUCAGGAAAUGAUAUUUCAAAAUCCAUAAUUGUUCUCUUUUCUUUUCAGUUUAUUUUUUAGGAAGGACAAUUAGAAAUUUAAUUUCCAUGCUAUGAUGCAUUUUUCUGUUAUAUGUUGUUAAGAUAUGGUCUAAGUUAGUGUAAGAUCUUAUUCAAGAUCAGCUCAGAAUUCUAAGACAUAUUAUAGAUGAUAUUGUAGUGAAUGUGAAACUUCUAACAUUGGUACAUUGCCAAUGAAAUAUCAUGGAUUUUCUUACAAUAUAUAGUUAUGUAUACUAUAUCCUUAGAAAACACCGUAGUGGAAGUCAAGCCUAAAAAUGUGGUUCAGAUAAUUUUCAAGCCUUGGCCAUAAAAGUUUGGACUCAUGUUUCAAGUGUUGCAAUGUGUGAAGAGAUUUGUCAAAGGAACUUAUUGGCUGUGAUUAGGAAGCGUUGUGUAUGUCCAAAACAAUCCACAACAACAUUGCUAAAUAUGGAAAUACCACCACAAGCAGCUGAUCCAAGGGAUUAUAUUGAAAUCCUAUUUCCAUGUGCUUGGUUAUGGCAUGCAAGAUGGGAUUGUGAGCAAGAAGGGGAUUGUACUAGAACCUUCAAUUCUCUGAGUAGAGCAUGGAUCUAUAGGAGUCAGCUAUUGACAUGAUCUAAGCUUGCUUAUUUUGCCAACGUACACCAUAUUGUUUUCUUGACCACCAUUAAACUAAAUUAGGGGAAAAAUAGAUGCCAACUCCUGAUGUACUCCUUCAGACAUCAUGUCAUCUGCCUAAUCAGUGUGGGAUGAAAGAUUAGGCCAUGGCCAAUAGUUUCCUUAAGAUAGUAUUCUCUUAACUGCGACCUAUGAGGCUCAAUGGGAAAAGACAUAAACAAACAUAUCUCAUUCACUAUAUAGAUAAUUUCUGGUCUAGUUAUGGUUUCAUAUGGAGUGCUCCAACGACUAACCUUUACACAAAGGGAUCCCCCAGUGAGCUAGAGCCC